UGACGCUUACUGAAGUCACGGGAUGCAAGUCUCGCGAGAUUUGCCAGUCUGAAACGGUUCCUUUAAGAAGACGAAAAACUCGAAAAACAAAAAGGUUUGAAACAAUUUGGAUUCAAGCUCACUGUAACAGCAUCAUGUCUCAAUCUGUUCUCGCCCUGCAUUCAAAAACACACAAGGACACAAUCCUGCAUAAAUUUGACAAGCUCAGAAGAAGGGAACUGCUCUGUGACAUAACCCUCAUCGUAGAAGACGUGCACUUCAAGGCACACAAGGCUCUUUUAGCAGCGAGCAGUGAGUAUUUCUCACUAAUGUUCACCGCUGAAGAUCAGGUAAGCCAGUCGGUGUACAAGCUGGACGGCAUGGCUGCGAAAACCUUCUCAGCCGUGCUCGAGUUCAUCUACAGCGCAAAUGUGUCUGUGGACGAGAGCAGCUCUGAGCAGCUGCUUGACAUGGCGCGCUUUCUGGACAUCCGAGACUUGCUCAAAGCCCACGAGGACCUUCAAAAGGAGACUUCAGCGAUUGAAAAUGUGAUGUCUGCCGAGGGAGAUAGUGUUGAUGAAUGCAUACAGACAAAGCGUAAAAGAGGGCGGCCGAAAAAGAGCCUUCACACUCAGGAUUCAAGCCAAAAAGAGGAUCCAGAAAGUGGUUUACCAGCACAAACUACCUCUGAGUCCACAGAACCCCUCUUAGAUCCCACGUCCCCACCGAGAGACGCCAGCGACAGCGACUAUGACCCCCGAGAGGACAGACCCCGUCACAGCAAGCGCAAAAUAAAGCGGCCUGUCAAGCUGAAGGGAUACAGGUUAGGAGACGAGCUCUCGGAGAGCAAGGAGCCGGGGAAGAGAGGACGCAAGAGGAAGUACCCCGACACAGAGGCCCGGUGUGAGCAGUGUGGGAAGGUUUUUAAAAACCAUCUGUUUCUGAAGAUACAUCAACGCACUCACACAGGUGAAAAACCUUUCAGAUGCAGUGUUUGUGGGAAGGGUUUCACCCAGAAACACACUCUUUUGGUUCAUCAGCGCAUGCACACGGGAGAAAAGCCGUUCAUCUGCACCAUAUGUUCCAAAGCGCUGUCCACGAAACACUCGCUGCUGGAGCACAUGAACCUACACGCAGAGAAUAAAUCUUUCAGUUGUGACAAGUGUGGAAAAAGCUUCAGUCAGAAGCGGCAGCUGAAAAGUCAUUACCGUGUUCACACAGGAAAAGCGUUACCUGAGUGUGCACAAUGCCAUCAUAAAUUUAUGGAUGCAGCUCAACUGAAGAAGCACCUGAGAACUCAUACUGGUGAGAAGCCGUUCACAUGUGAGAUCUGUGGGAAGUGUUUCACAGCCAAGAGCACACUACAGACACACAUCAUGAUACACAGAGGAGAGAAGCCAUACGUCUGCAACAUCUGCAAUAAGACCUUCUCUGACCCCAGUGCCAGGAGGCGUCAUGUGGCAUCUCACACGGGUGCAAAACCGUUUACGUGUUCCAUCUGCAACCUGUCGUUUGCCCGAAUGGACAACCUUAAAGCUCACACCAAGACUCACAACAAGGAGCGUCAACAAGGAGAAGCUGAGAACACGGGGCCUGUGCCGGUGGAGGCCACGUCAGGAGCUGAAGGAAUGCACAACAUCCUCCAACUCCAGCCCUACCAACUUCCCACCCACCCCGAGCAGGAGAUCCAGCUGGUGGUGACCGGCGAGGUGGACAACAUCAACCUGUGCCAGGAUCAAAGUAUCAGCAUCAUCACUGCAGAAGAUACUUCUGUGGAACAGGGUCUCACGCUUCUUACCCAACCUUCUGGACACGUCCAAAACCUGGCGCUGGUCACGCCAGAUGGAUUAGAUGCCAGUGCUCAAAUCCAAACCAUCAGUGUUUUAGGAAGUCAGGUGAGCAGCGGACAGCCAGAGCAAAUGCAUGUCAUCACGCUGACUAAAGAAGCCAUGGAGCAACUGCAGGUUCAUCACGGAGGUCCACAACAGCUGCAGGUGAUCCACCAGCUGUCUGAGAGCCCUGCUGAAAAUCCCAUCCGGACGAGUCCAACGGGAGGCAUUCACAUCAGCAGCCAGAGCGGGCAGCCCAUCUCCAUCAGCCAGACCAGUGAGCAGAUCCCCAGCGAUCAGAUUCAGGGCCAAACCUUCCAGAUCCAGGCUGGAACCGUCUCGUACCUCUACACCACCAGCAUGACCCCACAAAACUGAACUGACACAGUUUGAAUCCGUCAGGACUCGUUCAUAAUGCUGAUGCUUGUUCUAUUUUGUUGUAAAUGGUUCUAUUUUAAGAGAUUAAAGCUGAUUUCAUUGAGAUUUUUUUUUUUUUUUAAAUAAUGACUUCAUAAAGUAUUGCCAUUAAUAAUUUGUUUUCUGUACUUGUUAAAAUUCAUGUUUACAACAAAAAAGAACAAGCACCAGCAUUAUGAACGAGUUUGUAAAAAAAACAAUGCUGGUACUUAAUCUCUUUUGUUGUAAAUGGUUAUAUUUUAAUCAGUCAAGCUGAUUAAUUGAGAACAAGCAGAAACAUCUUUUUUGUUUUUUUAAAUGACUUCGAUAUGGAUCAUAAAGCAUAGCCAUUCUUCUUUUUUUUUUUUGUACUUGUUAAUGAGACUAAAGACAAUAAAUGGUUCACAUAAAUGCAACUCCAAACUAUUUGUCCAAAAAACAAUUUAUUUAAGUGUUACUGUCCAGCAUGACACUGGAAAAUUGACUCAGUGACAAAAAAAAUUUCAACCAGUGCUCAUUGCCAUACUGCAAAAUAUGAUUCUAUAAUAAUAAUAAUAAUAAUCUUUAUUUUUAUAUAGCGCCUUUAAAACAGCUUCUUAAGGCACAUUACAUAAUAAACAGAUAAAAAUACAACACAUGCAGAACAACACAAAUUAAAAGAACAUACUAGAAUUUAAAAUUUAAGAUAAUCAAGAAAAAGCUAACCUAAAAAAUGAGUUUUGUAAGUGAGUUAAGUAAGAUUUAAAAGUACUUAGAUUCUGUGCGUCUCUGAUAUAAGAAGGGAGCGCAUUCCAAAGUCAGGAGCGUAGGAUAAGAAAGCCCUGUCCCCUACAGACCACAAUCAGGAUCCUUGCAGCAAACUUUUACAAAAAUUCCAAUUUAAGUGCACUAUAGUAGUCUAUGCGGGAAAAUACGAAAGUAUUAAUAAGCCAUAUAGUCACAGAAAGGGAUAGCAUAGGACGCCGUCUAGCAAUAUUUAUGAGAUGAAAAUAGGAGUUCUUAGUGUAUUUCACAUGUUGGACAAAAGACAGGCUCAAAUCAAAUAUAACUCCUAUAGUUUUUAAUUUAAUUUGUAACUCCAAAACAGAGCCAUCUAUAACUUAAAAUAUUAAGUUUUGGGACAUCCAUGAUUUUAUCUCAGAAAAAUGAUAAGAAAGAUACAUCCAAAUUUUGACCAGUCUUAGAGUGAAUAUAAAUCUGAGUGUUGUCUGUAUAAAAAUGAUAAUUAAGCCCAAGUGAUCUUAAAAGCAAUCCUAGGGGAAAUAUAAAAAUGCUAAAAAGUAAGGGGCCUAAAACCGAACCCUGAGGAACACCCGUAGCGAUCUCAGACAACUCAUACAGACAAAAUGUUGAUGAUCAGAGAGAUAUGAUCUACACUAGGUUAAAACUGUCUCAGACACACCAAAAACAUUUUCAAGACGGUUAAGUAAGAGAUUGUGAUUGACUGUAUCAAAAGCGGCACUAAGAUCAAGAAGGAGAAGAAUACAGAAAGAACCAGAAUCUGAGGCUAUUAACAGGUCAUUGGUGAACUUGACCAAGGCUGUCUCAGUACUAUGAAAUUUUCAAAGCCAGACUGAAGGGGCUCAAAAAGAUUAUUGUAAGGUUAUUGUGCAGCUGCAAUGCCAUAAUAUGUUCUAAGAUUUUUUGCAAGAAAAGGAAAAGUUUGAUAAAGGGCGAUAAUUAUUAUGUAAUUUCUCUAUUAUCCUAAUUUCUGUAAUGCAAAA